UAUAUACGGUAGACCCCGCAAUGACGCUGCUGCAACUUUUUGUCUUUCUUUCUGCGACAAACUACCAAAUAGCUUCUUCUAUUUUAUUUUUAUUUUUUUUAAAACAAUAUUAUUUAUGCUGAUCAUGAUCGUGAAGUCGCUUUUAUUCCUAAUCGUGGCUUUGCAAAUUCAGUGCGUGACGCCUGUGAUUCACACGUUGAAGUAUUUCCGAACAGCGUCAACUAAAAUUUCGGCCUUCCCGGCGUACAUGGAGGUGGGUUACGUGGACAGGGUGGAGUUCAUCCACUAUGACAGCGACAGCAAGAAAGCGGAAGCCAAGCAGGACUGGAUGGAGAAAAUCACCGCCGACGAUCCCGACUACUGGGAGACGGAGACGCAGAGAAAUGCCGUCAAUAAGAACGUCUUCCAAGUCAACAUCGAAAUUGCCAGGAAGCGCUUCAACCAUACGGGAGGUGUUCACAUUCUCCAGUGGAUGUUUGGCUGUGAAUGGAAUGAUGAGAACGGCGACGUGGACGGUUGGAAUCAGCACAGCUACGACGGGGAAGACUUCAUCUCAUUGGACACCAAGACGAUGACCUACGUCGCAGCAAAACAACAAGCUUUCAUCACCAAACUCAAGUGGGACCGUGACGAGGCUCGAAAAGAAUACAGGAAGCACUACUACACUGAGAUUUGCCCUUCUAUGCUGAAGAAGCUUGUGAACUACGGGAGGAACGUCCUAAUGAGAACAGAGCUUCCAAAGGUGUCGCUCCUCCAGAAGACGGCGUCCUCCCCGGUCACCUGCCACGCGUCGGGUUUUUACCCCGACACAGCCGACCUUUUCUGGAGGAGAGAUGGGGAGCAGCUCCACGAGGACGUGGAACUCGGCCAGACCCUCCCCAACCACGACGGAACCUUCCAGAUGACGGUGGAACUGAAAGCGGAGCUGACGGCCGAGGUGGAGGGCCAGUACGAAUGUGUGUUUCAGCUGUCUGGUGUCAAGGAUGAAAUUGUCACCAAACUGGAGAGAAGAAACAUCCUGAGCAACGAACGCAAUGAAGAAGAGGAAAAGAAAAAGAAAAUCGUCGCCGUCGCUGCCCCGUUGGCGGUGGCGGCGGCUCUGGUGGUCGUCAUCGCGAUCUUCGUCACCGUCACGCGCCACAAAUGCAAACGUGACGAUUACGGUCCAGCUUCUACCGACGGCGGUGUGGAGCUCUCCGAGAAGUUGAGAAAGGUCGAAACCUGAGCAAGACACGUCUGCCUACAGCACGCGUUGAGGACGCGCACAUGGCGAGGGCAAAAUGUGAACAUUUCAAUGCUGGUGCUGGGGCACUCUUUGGUGCUCUCCUAGAGUUAGGAGCAAUCUUCUGAUACACCGCUGCUUGAGUGAAGUGAAAAAAAUAAUUGGUGCCAUUAAGGUGUGUAAUGGCCACGCAUGUGCGCAAGGAGAGCCACAAUCGCUGAUGCAGUUUCCGCUAUUUAUUGAACUGUAAUAACAGUCAAAGACGCAAAUAUAGUGCCGUGAGAAAGUAUUGGCACCCUUCUCAAAUUGCAGUUUCCCCACUUUAAUGUUAAAUAAUAUCAAACAAAUGUAAAUAUCAGACAAAUAUAACCCGAGUGAACCUCAAAAUGUUGUUUUUAAAUGGUGAGUUCAUUUUUUAAGGGAAACAACCGAUUCAAAGUUACCUGGCCCAAUCAUGUAAAUCAUGAAUUAUUUGUGGCUAAUCACAAUUUUUGGUUAAUUUUCACUGAUCACACCCAACCCUGAUUACCUCCAAGAAAUCCCGUAAAGACAAUCUGUCCCAGCAAACUCAAGUCGGACAAAACAUUAAAAAAAAACAAAAGAAAAUGACAGGAUCCAAAAGAAUUCCAGGACAGUCGAGAAAUAAAGUAAUUGACAUCCAUCAGUCUGGAAAGGGCUACAAAAGCCAUCUUUAAAGCUUUAGGAUUCUAGCAAACCAUAGGGAAAGAUUACACCAAGCGAACAACAAUGACUCAGCCACGAGGCCACAAAGGAACUCAUCUUACUUUUGCAAAAAAGAACAUCUGAAUGAUUCCCAAGACUUUUGGGAGAAUAUUAUAUGGACUGAUGAGAUGAAAGUUGAGCUUUUUGGAAGGUGUGUGUCUCAUUACAUCUGGUGUAAAUGUAGCACGGCAUUUCAGAAAAAGGAACAUCAUAGCAACAGUCAAACAUGGUAGUGGUAGUGUGAUGGUCUCGGGCUGCUUUUCUCCUUCAGGACCUGGACAACUUGCUGUGAUUGAUGGAACCAUAAAUUCUGCUCUUGAACAGAAAAUCCUAAAGGAGAAUGUUCAGCCAUCAGUUUGUGACCUCAAGCUGAUGCGCACUUGGGUUCUGCAGCAGGAUGAUGAUCCAAAACACACCAGCUUGAGUGGGCCAAAAUAUCUCCACAGAGAUGUGAAAGACUCAUCGCUAGUUCUGGAAAACGCUUGACUUCCGUUGUUGCUGCUGAGGAUGUCCCAACCAUGUCUUAGGUUUAGGGGGGCAUUACUUUUUCACAAAAAGUCAGGUAAUUUUGAAUUUUUUUUUUUUCCUAAUAAAUUACAUCGUUUAAAAACAGGAUUUUAAGUUCACUUGGGUUAUAUUUGACUGACAUUUACAUUUGUUUGAUGAUGUUAAACAUUAAAGUGGGGAAAAAUAUAAGAAUGUUGGAACAAACGGCACUGACAAAAGAUUAGCGUCCGCCCCCAGUGUGUGAAAAUUCUCGUUAAGACCUAUUUCCCUUCUAAUUGCUCAAUGUGCGAUCGUGACACACGCAGAUUCGUCUGCUUCAUGUGAAUCACUGUAGCAGCACCAAUGAUUUGUCCUGAAAUCAUAGCCCGAUAGACAUUUUUAGAAUGAAAGGAGACAUAUCAUGCAGUUUUUUUCCACAAUAAUUUCUGUUUAAAUUCACUGAAUUAAAUGAUUUAAAAUAUUA